AGUGUUCGUGUCACGCGGAUGCCAUGGCGCACCAACGACGGCCACUCAUAUAAUCGGACACGCAAAAGCCACAAGCAUCUAUCGAACGAAGCAGAGUCUGCAGCUACACAUUUCAAGAACCAGGCCGCGCAUCAUGCUCACGACCUCGCCGCCGUCACAGGUCAAGGUGCAACAAUGGACGACGUGCCAGAGCAGCGCGGCAUCGUCCACUGCGCUUCUUCCGCCGCCAGUCACUGGACGGCUUGUCACCGUCGACCCCAGGAGGAAGGUUGCCUCUGCUCCUCCCCGAGCCGUGGCCGCCGACGCCGAGCCCGCGCAAACGUCUCCUAGGCCACAGCCUCCGCCAUUGUUCACCGACGAGGAUACGAUGCUCGGCAACUACGUCCCGGUCUUCGUCAUGCUCCCUGUAAGCUCACACGAUGAGACGCCCACCCAAACUGAUUGGGUGAGCUCAUGCCAUUUUUCAAGCUUAAUUGAUCGCACAUACAUGCUCUUGAACGCAACAUCGUGCGUGGCGGCUGGAGGUAGUGACCCCCGAGAACGAGCUAGAGGACGCGGAGGGCCUGCGCCAUCCUCAACUUCACCUGCGCGGAGAUGCGGAACUCGGAGCAGGUCGAGGAGGCCAUGAGCGCCCCGGAGCAGCUCGUCCAGCAGGUGCUGAGCGCCGGGUGGAGGGAGGGGGUCGAGGUGGCGUGCGGGAACGCGCUCAGCCGGUACGCCCGCCGGGGCUACAACCCGAUGCUGCUCAACACGCGGCCCAACGGCCUCGACGUCCGCAGUAUCCAACGGAAGUACAAGCUUCUGCCUGGCAC